CAAGUCCUGAAAACACAUCGAGUCUCAGAAUAUCGGCCGUAAGUUUGUUGGAUCCCAACAGCAAAUGUGUUAAAUUCGACAGCCCUUGAAAACUUCCGUUCUUCAGGCUGGAAAUCUGAUUGUCGAUCAAGUUAAGGGUGUGAAAUCUGAGGGAAAUGCCACAAGUCCUGGAAUUUAAACAGGCCCAGAAACUCCUGGAAUCAGGGCUGGCAGCAUCUACACAGAGAAAGAAUUAACUAUUCAGGUAACUAUUGCGAAAAACCUGUUGGGCAACAUUACUUGCUGGAAGAAUGAAGUAUUUAAAACUAUAGUCAUGCUGAAAGCUCUUUCAAUUUGCUGAAUGACUUGAGAUGUUUAUGCAAAGUCUGUUAUCAACUAAACGUAAGGAACCAGUGCAACCACGUUCGAAACGGCACAGUUACCAUGGAUGAUUCAUCUUAUUAUGAGGAAAUUGACACAUUUUCAUCACCUAGCAAAAUGGAGCAAAAACAAAUGAAAGCAAUUGACGAACUGAUUUCAUCAGAAGAGCGUUACCUUACUUUACUACAAUUGUGCGCAACAGAUAUCCGAAACCAUUUGCAGUCCAAACAGGUGCCAGAUCUCGAUCUGGAAGGCUUGUUUGGAAAUAUCGACGAUGUAAUAUUCGUGUCCUCUAAUCUGCUCAAACAUCUGGAAGACACAGCUACUGGAAAUUCUGACCAACUUCUCCUGAUAAGUAACGUGUUCCUCACCUUCAAACAAGAACUGGAAGAUGUGUACAAAGUGUAUUGUGUCAACUAUGACAACAUCCUGCUACUUGAAUCUAUUUAUAAGAAGAAUGAAAAUAUUCUGAAAGAAAUUACAGAAUCUGUCAAAACAGUAAAGUCACACACUGGUGCCAUGACAUUGACUUUCUACCUGGUGAUGCCGGUGCAGAGGGUACUUAAAUAUCCACUGCUUUUAGAUACUAUACUGAAAAAUACACCCCAGUCUGAUGAAGGCUAUGAGGCACUAGAGAAAGCUACUAAGGCCAUGCAAGAAGUCAAUAUUAAUAUCAAUGAAUAUAAGGGAUUAAAGGAAGUAGCAAACAAAUAUAUCAGAGCAGAACAUCUUUCACUAAUGGAUUCAAUAUGCAGAAUAAACCCACAUUCUAUUUCAAAGAAGGCAUCCAGGCUUAGUCAAGUUAUUAAACAUGAAACUGGAAUUCUUCCAAAAACCAAAGACAAAGAUUUUGAUGGUAUGGUAAAGCUUUUCAAUAUAAUAGAAAAGGAUGUUACAACACUGAAGAAAAAUGCACAAAAUUACUUAACAAAUGUGGAGCAUUUUCAACAGUUAAACCCAUGCCAAGACUUUUCUGAUUUGGUGGAUGAACAUGUUGCAGCCUGCUAUCAAGGCUUUAUUGAGAAACUGUACCAACAAGUAAUUCCUGAAUUUAAGAGAAGAUUUGAAUCCAUCAUUUAUGAACCACUCUGUGUACUCGCAAGUUUGUUCGGUGGUCCACAACAGCUGGUUAGAAAACACAAAGAUAAAAUGCUGGACUGUGAAAAAAUACAGGAGAAAAUAAAGCAAGAAGGUGAUGCUUCUUAUGACGAGAAGGCUGCCGUGAAGACAUACGAAACGUUGCAUUCUUUAUUACUCACUGAGUUGCCCAGAUUUAACAUAAUUGUACUACAACUGCAAGAACAGAUUCUACAAGCAAUUAUCAAUAUGUAUCGUGAAUUGGCAAACAAUGUCCUUGAAUUAAUCAAUCAGUAUCUGCAUGAGUUUCUACCUAACCAUGAAUACAACUCGCAGCAACAAACAGUAGAAACACUGGAGAAGUCAAUAGUAAAGCUGGAAGAAUUCAGCCAGAUAUUUGAAUCAAUAAUGGAACAACUCAUAGAACAGCCUCUCAAUCAAGAAAAGCUGAACGUUCUGCUGAAAAAAUACAACCCCAGCAAAAUAUACCAAGUUACCAGUAAUAUUUCUGGAAGCAAAGAUCUUGACCUGACACUUCAAAUGGGUGAUUUUGUGGCAAUUCUUCAAAGCACAGAUACAAAAGGAAAGGCGAACAGAUGGCUUGUGGAUUCAGGAGGUCGUAGAGGAUUUGUCCCUGCCGGAAAAUUGAGCCUGUAUCAGCCUGAAAAAGAACCCGAUGGAAAUAAAGAUUUAUUAGGUUCAUCACUUGCUGAUAUUGGCGAUGGAACAAAUUCCAGAAGAAGAUCUUGUCACUUGCCUGAAACGCUUCUUUCCUUGCCGCCAAGCACAAUGCGAUAUCAAGUUAUUGCAGCUUAUCACUUUGCAGCAAGAGGACCCCAUGAAGCCAAUUUACAGCCUGGAGAGUUAGUAACCAUACUGGAAGCACAUGAUAAGAGAGGAAGCACUGAAUGGUACCUUGUUGAAGUAAAUGGACAGAAGGGAUAUGUGCCUUCAAAUUAUUUAACAAAAGUUUCUGUGACUGGUGGGAGGAACUCCUUUGCACUAUAAUACCUGCUCCAAUCAUUUGUGAAGGUUUUGUGAAAAGUUGCACUAAUUUGUCUUGAAUACAUUAAAUGUAGCAAGGAGCCCUGAAGAAUUGUGAAUCAUUAAAUUUGAUGUUACCAAAUGGGUAUUACAACAUGAGAACAAUUUAGGUGGUAAAUAAAUUUAUGUGACAAAUAUAUGAUAUUAUUUUAAAAGAGUAUAUGUUAUUUUUGUUUCGAUGCAAUAUAAUUACGAACAAUUAGCAUAGAUGUUUUGAUAUUUUAGCCAGUAUCCAGAUUUUAAUAUAUGGUCAAUUCUUGUGUACCUUAAUACCAUAUGCUUAUGCAUUUUACAUUUGACACUUUCAAAUGUGAAUUGUUCAAUUUGACAUACACUUUUUAUCUUACAUUCAGAUUAAACAAAGGAAAGCCUGGUGAAUUAUGAUUAUAUCCAUAUGAAUUCUUACUGUCAGUAUCAAAUGAGUCAUUCUGCAUUUGUUAAUUUUCAACAAGGUAUAUAAACAAAAUCUAUUUGGAUAUAUCCAAAAUGUCUAGAUAGAAUUUCUGGAACAGUUCACUUGAUCCAUAAAAAACUAAAUAGACGUGUUAAGAUAAUACAGUGGAAGAUUUUCAUGUUAAACUAACUUAUGUUCCAAGUGACAAGAUGUAUUCCAUUUCCAAACGCUAGCAUCUUAAAAUUUGUUUUUUUUAGAAAGAAAUAUUAAUUAGUUGGGAUUGGAACAAACAUAUAAAUGUUACACUCCACAAUAAUUUACCAGCAGUAGGCAAUGGGAAUAUUGUAUUUAUGAUGAAUUUGAUUUUUCUGCAUAUAUCUUUGGCAUAUGACUACAUUUAAAUAGGUUUGGAAAUAGACUGAAAAAAUAUUACGUAAAAUGCAUCCACACUUCAAAGUAUUGACGUUAAAAGGUGGUAGGUGAACUAUAUGCUGUUAGCAUUGAAAGAUAAUUGAAAACCAAAAUCCUACAGUUAAGAUUAGUUUAGUUUAGAGAUAAAGUGUGGAAACAGGCCCUUCGGCCCAUCAGGUCCAUGCCAACCAGCAAUCCCUGCAUAUUAACACUAUCCUACACACAAUAGGGACAUUUUUUACAUUUACCAAGCCAAUUAACCUACAUAACUGUACUUACAAUGGAAAAUGGCCGAGAUAUUCAUCUGGCCAGACAGUGUCAGAGGAGAGAGAAGCAAAGUUUCAGUUCAUGAAUUUCAACCUGAAAGGCCAAUUCUGUACUACUCUCCACAGAAGCCUCCUAGCCAGCUGAGAAUCUCUGCUAUCUGUUUUUAAUAGAAUUGAAUUUCUAAAAAAUUAACAGCAUUGUGUGAUAAAGAAACCUAUUUAAUUUUAACCCAUUUUCUUGUGAAGUAUUUCCACUAAUAUUUGCCAAUCAGCAUGGAAUAAGCUAUUUUGUUUUAAAUAGGUUCAUUCGGAACAGUAUAUUUGUUAAAUAGCUCACUUUUGAGCUACAGUAUUUAAUCCAAUUGUUUUAAAUAACAUUGCAUCAAUCUACUUUACCAACUUUAUCCCCCUCAAAGAUUUUCCAUCUUUUAAUUUCAGUAUCUAAUUAUUUUUCCUUUGUUGCUAUAAACACACGUGCGAUAAAUGUGGUUGUUUGUCAUAAUUACAAUAAGUUGUCACUGAAAAAUGCUUUUAUCUAUCUUUAUUUUCAAGUUAUAAAUUUUACUAAAUGUUGUAUUGACGUGCAAAAUAAAAAUGUUCAUGAACAAUGU